ACAAAUUGCAUCACUUUUCAAGUUUCCUUAUAUUCUUCUUCUUCUUCUUCAAUACCUGGUUCGUUAAUUUGAGGCCAAGUGUUCCUGCUUCUUUCGGUAACAGUCUCUCUCAUCGCAAUCUUUCGAAAACCCUACUCUCUCUCUCUCUCUCUUCUGAAGCUGCUCGGAAGAAGGAUCGAGCAGUUUCGCAUUCGAUUCCAGCAUGAAUUUCAGUGAGCUCAAUUCGGCGCUGUGAUCCGCACAACCAUGUGGUUUUCCUUCUGGAGAUCCAGAGAUCGUUUCACCUUGGAUCAUCUCAGGUACUUAACUGAUCAAUUGGCGAAAGUUCAAAUAGUUAAUGAGGUUAAUAAGGAUUUUGUUAUUGAGGCACUGAGAUCUAUUGCGGAGUUGAUAACAUAUGGCGACCAACAUGACCCAAGCUUUUUUGAAUUCUUCAUGGAAAAACAAGUUGUGGCAGAGUUUGUACGUGUUCUUAAACUUAGCAGAACUGUUAGUAUUCCACUUCAGUUGCUACAAACAGUGAGCAUUAUGAUCCAGAACCUAAGAAGUGAACACGCUAUAUAUUAUAUGUUUAGUAAUGAACAUAUGAACUACCUAAUUACAUAUUCAUUCGACUUUCGCAACGAAGAGCUAUUGUCAUACUACAUAUCCUUUUUAAGAGCAAUAAGUGGAAAAUUGAACAAGAAUACAAUUUCUCUGCUUGUGAAGACUCGCAAUGAUGAAGUAGUUUCAUUUCCACUGUAUGUUGAGGCAAUACGCUUUGCCUUUCAUGAGGAGAACAUGAUUCGCACUGCUGUACGUACUGUGACCCUUAAUGUUUAUCAUGUUGGGGAUGAAUGUGUUAAUAGAUAUAUAACUAGUGCACCUCACACCGAAUACUUCUCGAACCUGGUUUCAUUUUUUAGGAAUCAAUGUAUGGAUUUAAAUAGACUGGUCUCUGAGACACUGAAAAAUCCAGGCCCAGAUUCAACCUCUGCAAUUGUUGCUGCUGUAGAUGAAAUUGAGGAUAACCUGUAUUACUUCAGCGAUGUUAUCUCUGCUGGAAUUCCUGAUGUUGGGAGGCUAAUAACAGACAGCAUUUUGAUGCUUCUGAUUUUUCCAAUGCUUCUUCCUUCCCUGAGAAUAGUGGACACUAAUGACAUGCAAAGUGGUGUUGUCACUUCUCUCUACUUACUUUGUUGCAUCUUAAGGAUAGUCAAGAUCAAAGAUUUGGCAAAUACCAUAGUCGCCGCUCUUUUUUAUCCCUUAGAGACCUUUACAAGAUUUUCUAGGGGUAAAGUCAAUGGCUAUAUAUCUGAUCGUGGUCUUACAUCCGUAAGCCAAGAACCAGAUGAUGAUAAUAUUGCCAAGUGCAAUGCAGAAUGCUUGACAGUGAAUGUCCCACAGUCUUCUAGUUCUUCAGGUUUAGACACAGAAAGUAUUAUGUCAGAAGAUAAUUGUAGCAGUUCAAAUUUGGCUUUAAGGGAGGUUUUGCUUGCAUAUGUUACUAAAGGGGAUGAUGUACAAGUUUUGGGUUCUUUGAGUGUUCUUGCCACUCUACUGCAAACUAAAGAACUUGAUGAAUCAAUGCUAGAUAGGCUUGGAAUUCUUCCACAACGCAAACAGCACAAGAAACAGUUAUUGCAAGCUUUGGUUGGUGAGGCGUCAGGUGAAGAGCAACUUUUUUCUUCUGAAAAUAGCUUGAUGAGGGAUGGCAGUGGAUGUGAGCCUGGUGUCUAUCUUGAAAAGAUCAAGGUUUGCAGUUCCCUGUUUUUAAGUGAGCAGUACGGGUUAUCUUUUCUGUCUUCUGAUUUUCUUAUGAGCCCUCGUGUGCCUAGAUUUCAGGUGCUCGAUGCAUUAGUGAGUCUCUUUUGCCGUUCUAAUAUAUCUGCUGAGACACUGUGGGAUGGUGGUUGGCUUUUACGGCAGUUGCUUCCUUACAGCGAGGCAGAAUUCAACAGUCAUCAUCUGGAAUUGCUGCAGGUUUCAUACAAGAACUCUGCUACUGCUCUUGUAAAGGAGGUUAGAGGUUUCUGGCCCGAUCUUCUUAUUACCGUUCUUUGCAAUGAGUGGAGAAAAUGCAAAAGAGCAAUGGAGUCAUCAUACCCUCCUAAAGAACCAAAGUGCAUACUUUUCCCUUCUCAGAUGUUAUCUUCAGAAGAAGAUAUACCUGAGGGCUCAUCAUUUGCUGCUGGAGAAAAAAUGCAUGAAGUAGUGAAGGUAUUUGUAGUUCUGCACCAGCUUCAAAUAUUCACUCUAGGUAGAUAUUUGCCUGAGAAACCUCUUAUUUAUCCUCCUGGUGAUCUCCCAGCAAAUUCUCGUGCCCAAACUUCUGGACUUGAUGUGUCAGGCCCAAAACCAGGAACUGAAGUCAGCCUUGUUAGUGCUGUGCCUUGUAGAAUUGCUUUCGAAAGGGGCAAAGAGCGCCAUUUUUGCUUUCUAGCAAUCUCUGCAGGAACUUCUGGGUGGCUUGUGCUAGCAGAAGAGUUGCCACUGAAGAAGCCCUAUGGAGUUGUUCGGGUUGCUGCACCUUUGGCUGGGUGCAAUCCCAGAAUUGAUGAUAAACACCCAAGAUGGUUACAUAUGCGGAUCCGACCGUCUUCUUUACCUGUUCUAGAUCCUGCGAAGUUCAACGCCCACGCCCACGCCCACGCCCACGCCCAUGGGAAAUUAAAGACAAAAGCUUUUGUCGAUGGUAGAUGGACAUUGGCGUUCAGGGAUGAGGAGUCUUGCAAGUCUGCUUUAUCCAUGAUUCUUGAAGAGAUUAAUUUUCUGAGUGACGAGGUUCACAGAAGACUAAAGCCUUUGCUCAACCUUGAAACGGCAUUGGAUUUAUCAGGCCCAGAGGAGGAGGAUUCCUCUUCACAUUCAACAACACCUCCCAAUUCUGUGUAAGGUCUUUGACUUUAUUUGCAAUAACAUGCGGUUUUCUACUCGAGGGGUGGGAAAUUAUUAAGUCGGUCACCCUUUUUUGUAUAUCCUCCAAAAAUACAUACAUACCAAAUUUGUAGAUUAGCUACUGUGGUUUAGUGUCAUUCUUUUUGUAUAUUAGUUUUUCCUUUUGCUGCCUUUCAUUCUUUAGGAGCUCUAACCUAGGCCCCAUAUUUUUGUUUGUAUUACUUUAUUGCUAAGCUCUGUAACAAAUGUAAAUUUGAGGGAACUCCGUAAAGAAAGUUUUAUUCCUUCUUGCCCAAACAAGUGUCUUUAUUUUAA